AUGGGUAAAACUGAAGGCCGCUCGAAAUUUUUCGAGAAAUUCGAUGAGCAUAUUGAAAAAGAUCAUGACCCCGAAGCCGAGCAAGUGGUAGGCAGCGGUAGCGAAGAAGACAGCGGCGACGAAAAUAUUGGCACCGAGCACUAUGUCAAUGUCGGGAAAAGCAAACUGCGCGAUAAAGGGGAAAACUCCCUCGGACCACAAUAUAGAGGUUCGAAAGUGAGCCGGACUGCGCUGGAGCAGGAGAGCUCAGACGAAGAGGAGGAAGCGGACGACGACGAUGACAAUGACGAGCAAUUUGACGACCCCGAAACAGCCAAUCUCGAAGCCGAUACGGCGGAAGCUAGCGAUUCAGAAAUAAGUAGCGACGAUGCGCUAGGCGACUCUGACAACGAGAAGCUUAGCAAGUUUGUUUUCCGCGGCAGCUCCAACCCGAAAAAGUCCAAGAACAAUCGCGCGACUGCCGCAGACUUUAUGUCAGAUUCUGUGGAGGAGUUUGAAGAUGAUGGGGAAGAUGAUGAGGAGGACGAUGAGGAGGACGAUGAUAUGGAUGACGGCUUGGAGGCCUUGAUUGAUGGUGAGGCCGAGGAAAGUGGCGAGGAUGAGGACGACGAGGACGAUGAUGAUGACGACGAAGAGGAUGACGAAGAUCAAGAGGAUGAGGACGAGGACGGAGAGGAACAAAAUCGUUCAAACGCCAAAGCAGCCGCAAAUGGACGAACACCAAAUGCUGAUAUCGAGAAGGGUGCAGCGAUUCAAAAGCAACGGAAGCUUUACGAUGGCUUACUGAACCUGCGUAUUCGGCUACAAAAAGCCCUUAUUGCGGCCAACACAUUCAGCGCGUUGGAAGACGAGCAAGAAGAAGACGAUACAACAACAGCGUCCUACAAUGCAGCCGAAGCCACUGCUCUCAGUCUUCUAAAUACGAUUAGCAGCCUGCGAGAAAACUGCGGCGCGCCGGCGGUAGCUGGCACCAAGAGAAAGCGCGGCUACGAGGUAUCAGCAACGAGUGCCGAAAUAUGGGCACAGUUACAAGAGGAGGACCGCCGAGCUCUCAAGUUCCGCGAAAAGUGCCUGGAAAAGUGGUCACGCAAGGUGCAGAGCGUCAAUGUCACAGCACCUAAGGGCAUUAAUAGAAACAAGACGCUCGUCGAAUCGCUGCACGACCAGCUGAACAACCCCGAAAACCGCCUAGCGAAGCGCACCCGCGUACCGCGCUCGUGCGCCCCCGCGCAGCACGGCAAGAAGAUGGCCGAGGACGAGACCAUUUUCGACGACGCCGAUUUCUAUCAGAUUCUACUCAAAGAACUUGUGGAGCAGCGCACUGUGGACUCGUCGUCCAACCAGGCCAGUGCUGUGCCGUCGGUGGUCCUGACGGCGUCACGCGAGAACCGGACGCGCAAGAUUGUCGACCGGAAAGCCAGCAAGGGCCGCAAGAUGCGCUUCACCGUACACGAGAAGCUGCAAAACUUCAUGGCGCCCGAGGACAGGCGGCAGUGGGAGCAGAGCGCCAUUGAUCGAUUCUUUAGCACAUUAUUCGGGCGCAAGCUGGAAUUCAACGAGGAUGAGGCGGAUGAAGACGAGGCUAUGACCGAUGUCGCAGACCCCAACUUUAAGCUGUUUGCUUAA